CUCUCUUGCACCGAGCAGAUGCUGAGGCGGCGGCUGUGAUUGGUCCGUCGCGGUGGGUGUUUCCGCAUUCCGCACAGAGCUGUCAGCAGCGGCGCGAGCUGGAGAGGGGACCGUCGCGUCUGUGCGCAAACCUCCACGGUCAUUCCCAGAGGAAUACAGCGGUCCGUCGCCAGGGAGCAGGGAUGCCUUACAUGUUCAUCAGCACGCAGAUCCGCCUGGAGAACGGCCCAACAAAUGUGGGAGAUGAAUAUUCUGAUCCAGCUGUGAUGAAUUACCUGGGAGCAAGGAAAACAACCAUGCUGGGAAACAAUUUCUCUGAGUACCAUGUGGACGACCCACCUCGCCUGGUGUUGGACAAGCUGGAGAAGAUCGGCUUCCGCGUGCUGACGAUGACGGGGGUGGGACAGACGCUGGUGUGGUGCCUCCACAAGGAGACGGAGUGAUCAGAGUGUUGACUGUACCAAAAUACCUGAAAAAGAAAUGUUGGCAAUGUAUGUUUCUGCACAACAUAGAUGUGUUGAAAGUUUACAUUUCUUUGUGUUCAAUUUUCAAUUGUAUGUAUCGAAAACGCACCAAUGGCCGGCCUUGGUUUGGGCACAGAAACCACUUGGCUAGGGUAAGGAAAACGUGUUUUUUGGCUUUAUUUUUCCCCACCUCUCUUAAAAUAGUAUCAAGUUUUGUUACUAAAACAUUGCUGGAAAAUGUCCCGGCUGUCAGGAUCCCCUCUGAAUACCUAAUAUAAAUGUAAUGUGAGCACGAUUCGACGAGUGUUUUUGAAAUGUUGAUAUGAUUACAAAUUUGAACGUAUCCGUGGUUUGCAGAAUUGUAAAAUGCCUAAAAUUAAAAAAUGACGACUUAAUUGUGAUGAAGAACUUGGCCAACUUUUUUUAUAAUCUGCUUCACUGCUUACAUUCAACACACUGACAGCUGCUAAAUCAGCCCUUUGUCAAGGAUAAAUCAAGUCUGAGAUUAUCCCAGAGGUAAGGUUUCAGAUUACCUUCAGUAAGUGACAGGUUACCAAUAUCAGGGGAAGAUUGAACUACAUUCCAAAGAUUAUACUGGACCCUUUUCCCAUAUUGUUUGCUGUUUACAAGUGGGGACCAAGUGUAAGGAGUGAGGGCCAUUUGUACUGUUUAUAUGUCAUUUGGCAAUAGGACUAAAGGAAUGGUUGUAAAUUCAGUUCAUGCAAAAGGCCUCACCCAAGUAAAUGAAACGGUAUGCUUGACAGAUUUGUACUUGGAGCACUGUGAAAGGAUGUUUUUGUAAGUGUAUCAUAUGCUCAUGAUUAAAUGAUGUAAUGAUGUGG